AUGGAGGAUCCUUAUUAUUCUCUAGGGCUUUGUGAAACUGAAACCCUAUUCAGGCUUUACGAUGUGCGUGUCGAGAUCGGAAGCCUUGUUCGGCAAUACAAAGAUGAGUUCUUGGUUGCCUGGGAAGGACCCCCUAAAGGAGUUGCCUUUACUGUGGACCCUUCUAGUAGGACUUGCAGGUUUUGCUUGACACAAAGCACCGCCCUAUCCUAUAGCGGUAGGAGAAACAAGCGUGUGAGGACCUACUGUGAUUACAAAGUGGAGUUUUUGAUUAGGGAUAUAUGUGAGUACAUUUGUUUUGAAAACAAGGAGAUGGAUUUUGUGAUUCUGUUGAGGCUGUCUUCGUCGCCGUGUGUUUGGUGCAGGUCUCCUCAUGAGAGUUGGAGUAGGACUACUGAUUUCACUGCGAGUGGCGCCAUUGGGAGGAGUAAUGUCUACAAGUUUGUGAUCCCUCGGCGCUAUGUCGCUGAGUGGAACAAGGCCACUGAUUAUCUUAGACAACUGAGGGUGAUGAAGUUUGAUGUCAGAUGGCCACUUGUGAUUGAGAAGGAGCCGUAUUUCGGGAUGCCUAGUUCUAGUUUUUUCUACUCUAUUGGUAACAAAUUUGGAAUUUGCUUCGAGAUUAUCUUCUUGGUUAAUGCUGUAAUGCACAAGGGAAUUCUUAAUCAGCAUCAGUUGUCAGACUCAGACGGCUUCUUCGAUUUACUGAGAAGCCAAUCAAAGGAUGUCAAUGUGGCUGCAUUGAACUACUUAUACUCUUGUAGCCGUCAUCCGGUGUUUGAUGCCUGCCAGAGGCUGAGAGAUCUGCAAGACUGGUUUGUGGCAAAUCCUGAGCUUUUCAACCGUCCUAAAAGGUUGGAUCAUCUUGCUCAUGUUAGGAGGUUGGUCAUUACCCCAACCAGAGCCUAUUGUAUUCCACCAGAGGCUCAACUGUCCAAUAGGGUUCUUAGAAAAUACAAAGUCAUAGGUGAUCGGUUUUUAAGGGUUACUUUUAUGGAUGAAGGAAUGCAGACUAUUUACUCCAAUUCUAUGAAUUCUUAUGUGUAUAAUUCCUGCCCUCAGAGAACCAAAGUAUCCAGAAGGGUUGAAGCCAUUCUGAAAAAUGGAUUUGACUUUUGCGGCCGAAAGUACUCUUUCUUGGCCUUCUCAUCCAAUCAAUUGAGGGAGCGUUCGGCCUGGUUUUUUUCUGAAUGCAAGAGCACUACAAUCCGCGACAUCCAAACAUGGAUGGGGAAGUUCAAGAACAGAAAUGUUGCAAAGUGUUCUGCUAGAAUGGGUCUGUGCUUUUCAUCUACAUAUGCAACGGUAGAAGUUCCAUCAAGCAAGGUUAAUCCAAGGCUCCAAGAUAUUGAGAGGAAUGGAUACAACUUUUCAGAUGGGAUUGGUAAGAUUACCCCUGAUCUUGCAAUGAAAGUUGCAAAGAAACUGAACUUGGACGGUGAUCCUCCAUGUGCAUACCAAAUUAGAUAUGCUGGCUUUAAAGGGGUUAUUGCUUGUUGGCCAAGCGAAGGGGAUAGAUUCCAGCUCUCUUUAAGGCGUAGCAUGAACAAGUUCAAUUCGCAACAUACUACGCUGGAAAUUUGUUCUUGGGCUAGGUUGCAGCCAGGUUUUUUAAACAGGCAGAUUAUAACAUUGCUUUCGACACUGGAUGUUCCAGAUAUGGUAUUCCGGAGAAUGCAGCAGCAAAUGCUUUCCAACUUAAAACUGAUGCUCAUAGACAUGGAUGCUGCAUAUGAUGUUGUCACUGCUUCAUGUGGUGAACAAGGAAAUGCAGCAGCCAUAAUGCUGAGUGCAGGUUUUACCCCGCACUCAGAACCUCAUCUGCACGGUAUGUUAACAUGUAUACGAGCCGCGCAGCUUUCUGGCCUCCGAGAAAAAGGCAGGAUUUUUGUACCCUCGGGGAGAUGGCUUAUGGGCUGUCUAGAUGAGCUAGGGGUACUUGAGCAAGGUCAGUGCUUUAUCCAAGUGUCUAACCCGUCACUUGAAAACUGUUUUGCUAAGCAUGGCUCUAGGUUUUCUCAUGUAGAGAAAAACCUUCAAGUAAUUAAAGGAUUAGUUGUGGUAGCAAAGAAUCCAUGUCUUCAUCCAGGCGAUAUAAGGAUUCUCGAAGCAGUUGAUGCCCCAGGUUUACACCAUUUACAUGAUUGCCUUGUUUUUCCUCAGAAGGGUUGUAGGCCACACUCGAACGAAGCUUCUGGAAGUGAUCUGGAUGGGGACCUGUAUUUUGUCACAUGGGAUGAAAAUCUUAUUCCCCCAAGUAUGAAGAGCGAGGAAGCUAUGGACUUUGAUGCAGCAGAAGCCAAAAAUUUGGACCGUCCUGUCACUAACCAGGACAUUAUAGAGUUUUUCGUGAGAAACAUGGCGAAUGAGAACCUGGGAGCAAUAUGCAAUGCACAUGUAGUUCAUGCUGACAGGAGUGAAGAUGGGGCUAAGGAUGCCAACUGCAUUAAACUAGCAAAGCUAGCGGCAAUAGCAGUUGAUAUGCCUAAAACCGGGAAGAUUGUUACAAUGCCACCACACCUUAGACCAGAGUCGUACCCAGAUUUCAUGGGGAAAGAGGGCUUCAACUCUUACAUGUCAACUAAAAUCUUGGGAGAACUCUAUCGCCAGAUCACAGAUGCCUAUGAUGAAGAUAUGGCAACCUCUGUCAAACUAGGUUGUACAUAUGAUAGCCAUUUGGUGGUUCCAGGAGCGCACAGUAUCAUCCCAGAAGCAUUGGAGAGAAAGCGCUCUUACGAUUUUCAGCUGAAGGCUCUAAUGGGACAGUAUAAUGUCUUGAGGGAAGAAGAGAUUGUUACUGGGUAUAUCUGGUCAAUGCCGAAGAGCAGAAAGCGAGGGGAGCUCCAGGACCAGCUGAAGCAGGCUUACAGUGCUCUUAAGAAAGAGUUCAGGGAAUGUUUUGAGAGGAUUGAUGGAUAUUUCAUGUCAAUGAGUGAUGAUCAGAAGAAUAUUAUGUAUGAGCAGAAGGCAUCAGCUUGGUACAUGGUAACUUAUCACCCUAAGUUGGUGGAAAAAUCACUCUAUUUGCAAGGGCCAGAUGGUCCUGGAGAUGUGCCGAUGUUAAGCUUUGCCUGGAUUGCAACUGACUACCUUGCUCGGAUCAAGAUCAGGCGUAGUGGAGUGGAAAAGAUCAACUCUAGAAAGCCAAUCAACACUUUGAGAAGGUACCUCGCUGAUAGGAUAGGGACAGGAAUCUGA